ACUUGUCCAUAAAUGAUGACUCACCAUUGUAGGCCUAUAAAAGUAAAGGUACUCGUCUGUGGAAAGACGACAGCCUGCAGGCACAACCAUCCAAGAUGCACCCAGGUGUCCUGGCUGCCUUCCUUUUCUUGAGCUGGACUCGUUGUUGGUCCCUGCCACUUCCCAAUGAUGAGGAUGAUGACGAUUUAUCUGAGGAAGACUUCCAGUUUGCAGAGCACUACCUCAAAUCAUACUACCAUCCCCUGAAUCCUGCUGGCAUCCUGAAGAAGACUGCAGCAAGCUCUAUGGCUGACAGGCUCCGAGAAAUGCAGUCUUUUUUUGGCUUAGAGGUGACUGGCAAACUUGAUGAUAACACCUUAGAUAUCAUGAAAAAACCAAGAUGUGGGGUUCCUGAUGUGGGUGAAUACAAUGUUUUCCCUCGAACUCUCAAAUGGUCCAAAAUGAAUUUAACCUACAGAAAAUUUUGGGCUCUUAAUGGUUAUGACAUUCUGGAAGGUUAUCCCAAAAAAAUAUCUGAACUAGGAUUUCCGAAAGAGGUUAAAAAGAUAAGUGCAGCUGUUCACUUUGAGGAUACAGGGAAGACUCUCUUCUUCUCAGGAAACCAGGUCUGGAG